CGAAAACUGCAAUUCAGAUAUGCACACCUUUCUCUUUUCGCUUCACGCUACCACUACAUUUGCUACGUCAUCAUCCCCAAAGGCGAAAACAUUUUUUUAUCUUUAUGGCUCCGCAUUUGGCGAGGAAAGAAUUCGCUGCAUUAACCAAUCCCUUCAUUCACCAGUGCCCUCCUCCUCGUAGCUCAGCUAGGAAGUGACGCGCGGAGCUUUACGGAAGUGACGUUUGUUUCAGCGCCAAUCUGAGGGCAGUUCCUGCCUAGAGGAUCACACGCGACUGGCAUUGAAGCGACAGGCAUGGCUCCGCGGGGACAGGCGGGGGUGAGCGGAGGGUCUUCUGGUGCGGGGACUCCCGAAGGGCUGCGAAGCUGGGUCCGGGGGGCCUAUCGCUUCGCCACUGACCGCAGUGAUUUUCGAAGGAACCUCAUAGUUAACCUGGGCCUCUUUGCUGUGGGAGUUUGGGUAGCCAGAAACUUAACAGAUAUCGAUUUGAUGGCACCGCAGCCCAUUGCGUAACAGGAGAUGAAAAGGAAGUAGAUCUUCAUGAAGUCUGAAGAUUUUUCCUCUUGCUGUAUGACCAAAUGUGCUCGGUCAUUGCCUUGGAUAUAGCUGUGGUGUUACCUUCCUGUUCUAAAGAAUCAAGGCAACAGCAGUUCUUGAAGUCUAAUCUGAAUAAGGAGGAUUGGGAAAAAACAUUGUAACGACAUUGUAUAUACAUUUACUUUUGGUACAUUAAAUACGUGUUCUUGGGAAUAGUGCUUGAUUCCAGGUGGCAGUCUAGCACCAUGCUGAAUUUUGCCAGAAGUUUGUUAUUUAAAAUAUGUUAACUUUUGCAGAUUAAAUUAACUUCUGUACUAACAGUUUAACAGAGUCUGAACUGAUAUAUCAAAUAAAGACAUGCCAGUGCA